GUGACAAUGGACACUUUUAGUUGUUACGCAAGAAAAUAGUAUUAAAAGAAGGGACUUUCUUUAAAAAAAGAAGAAGCAUGGGUUAUAUCAGACACGUGGUGUGCGCCAUGUCCGGCGGCGUCGACAGCUCUGUCGCGGCGUUGUUACUGAAGAGAAGAGGUUACAGUGUGACAGGGGUCUUUAUGAAGAACUGGGACUCACUGGAUGAGACGGGGGUGUGCACUGCGGAUAAAGACUGCGAGGACGCCUACAGAGUGUGUCAGACCCUGGACAUCCCCUUCCACCAGGUGUCUUACGUCAAAGAGUACUGGCACGAAGUGUUCAGUCAGCUGUUGAAGGAAUAUGAGAGGGGGAGGACGCCCAACCCGGAUAUACUAUGCAACAAGCACAUCAAAUUCAACCAUUUCCACAAGUAUGCCGUCAACACUCUGGGCGCCGACGCCAUGGCAACGGGCCACUACGCCAUGACGUCGCAGGAGGACGAAGAGGUGUUCCAGCAGACGCACACCGCGCCGCCGUCGUCCACGCUCUUCAGAGAUCGAUUUGAGAUCAGAAAUCCCGCACGGUUGUACAAAGGAGCAGAUCUUCUCAAAGAUCAAACCUUCUUCCUCAGUCAGAUCCCCCAGGAUGCCUUGCGACAAACCAUGUUCCCGCUGGCCGGACUCACCAAAGACUUUGUCAAAAAGAUGGCUGCGGAGGCCGGGUUUCACCACGUGCUGAAGAAGAAAGAGAGUAUGGGCAUCUGCUUCAUUGGGGAGAGAAACUUUGGAAACUUUAUUUUGGAGUAUCUAGAACCCAAACCAGGAAACUUCGUCUCCAUUGAGGACGGGACCGUCAAGGGAAGGCACAAAGGCUGGUUCACCUUGACGCUGGGCCAGAGGGCGAAAAUCGGUGGGCAGAUGGGCCCCUGGUUUGUGGUGGACAAGGACAUCGACACUGGAGAUGUGUUUGUGGCUCCGACUACCAACCACCCGGCUCUUUUCCGUGACACGGUGCGGACGGACCGCUUCCACUGGGUAACGUUUGACCCGCCUCCUGAACUCGUCAAGACCCAGAUGAUGGAGUGUCAUUUCCGCUUCAUCCACCAGAUGCCUCUCAUUCCCUGCACAGUGACGCUGAACAUGAACGGCUCAGUGUGGAUCACACUCUCGCAGCCAGUCAGAGCUCUGACACCUGGACAGUUCGCCGUGCUGUACAAGGGAGACGAGUGUCUGGGCAGUGGGAAGAUCGUGCAGCUGGGGCCCAGUGAAUACACUCUGCAGCGGGGCCGAGAGCGGCUGGUGGCAGCUGCGCAGCACAAGGAGCCGGCGACCCCCGAACCGGCCGGCUGAGCCCGGCCGCGGUGGGGAUGUGGCGCAUCGGGUAGAGCACACUGAUCAUGAGGACGAAGUGGGACACGGAGGCCGUUUUAGAGACCCCUUAACACUUUGAUGUAACGAUAGGACGAGAAAAAAAUGGUUUCUGAGGUUAUCUUCUGGCUGCUCGGAUAAACCUUCUGCAGACUCUGGAGUGGAGACGAGGUGCAAUACGUAAUAACAAGAGUUGCUCAGUAACCGCUACCUCAUUUUAAUGAAGAAAAAAAAAGUUCAGGCUUUUCCGUCCGUUCACUUUUGUAUCAAUCGAACGUGGUGCGUUGCGUUGCCUUUUUUAUUUAUGCUCUGUAAAGUGUCCAUAGUUCAUUCACGAGGUCCUUAGAUCUGUUUGCCGUGCACCGCAAAGGCCUGCAGCCCAGCAAUAUUAUUUAUUCUUUGAAUGACGCUGGUAGUCUGAGUCCUUUUUAGUGAUUUCUUCUCAUAUAGAUAUUUGAUAUAAUAAUAAAACUUAGUUACCCAGGGAAAUAGGAAUUGAUUCAAAGCUAGCCAAGGGUUAAUGACGAGUCCAGAGAGGGUGGACCCCAUGUUUGGCCCUCCCAUCUGUGAGUGGAAGUGACUGAAAAGUGAUCAUCUUGUUUAUUCAGAAUAUUCAUUCACUUUUCCUAUCACUGCCAUGUUGGCUCAUGUCCGUCCUGAUUGACUGUCACUCAUGCUGCUGUGCCGACUGCACCCCUACUUUAUGCUGGUGAUCAAUUUUAAUCCAUGACGACUGUGUUCUUUGAAUCAUCUUCAAAAAGCAAGGUGAUUCAUUUUUCCAAGUUUUUGUCUUGAUAUACGCAAACAAAUAGGAUUACAAAAGCAAAUGCGGGUGUCUGUUAUUGCAGCUCACAUUGUGAGACGGUUGAUUCUGUUUUCAAGUCAAAGAUAAUAUUAAACUCAGCUGUUACUGGACUGCUUUAUAUUGUCAUGCAUAUUGAUUCCAUUUUUUUAAAUAAUUGGAUUUUUUUCUUUUGACAUUGGACAUUUUAAGUGCCCUUUCUUUUCAAAUGGCGUUGUUGCAAGUUCUUCCUAAACUACAAACUGAAUACUUUUUACCGGUGAAGGAAUAAACCUGAAUAAAAGUGA